CACAAGCUGAGAAGAGAGAGGAGAGAGAGAGAGCGGGGGAGAGCUGGAACCCAGGGGGCCAUGGUCAGGAUGGAGGAGGUGGCCGUGAAGCAGGGUUUCCUGUACCUUCAGCAGCAGCAGACUUUUGGCAAGAAGUGGCGCCGGUUUAUGGCUGUGCUGUAUGGAGAGUCUGGAUGCUCCCUGGCUCGAUUGGAGCUCCAAGAUGGUCCAGAGAAGUCCCGUCGAGGAGAGACCACCCGCAGGGUUCUCCGACUCAGUGACUGCCUGCGGGUGGCCGAGGCGGGUGGGGAGGCCAGCAGCCCCCGGGACACCAGUACUUUCAUCCUGGAGACCAAGGAGCGCCUGUACCUGCUGGCAGCCCCCACUGCGGAGCGUGAGGACUGGAUGCAGGCCAUUUGCCGCCUGGUCUUCCCUGCACAGAGGAGGGAGUCACCGGGCCCGGAGGGGAUGAGUGGCAGGCCCUGCAUGGAGGAGAAUGAAUUGUACGGCAGCUCAGCUACAGGGGCCUUCCCUAAGAAAUUUGCUGUGACCGUAAGACCCACAGAAGCCAGCGAGCGCUGUGGGCUCCGAGGGUCCUAUACUCUCGCGGCUGGAGAGAGUGCCCUGGAGCUGUGGGGUGGGCCAGAGCCUUGCUCCCAGCUGUACGAUUGGCCCUACAGGUUUCUGCGGCGCUUUGGGAGGGACAAGGUAACCUUUUCCUUUGAGGCCGGCCGGCGGUGCCUCUCUGGCGAAGGCAACUUUGAGUUUGAAACCCGCCAAGGCAAUGAGAUCUUCCAGGCCCUGGAAGAGGCCAUUGAUGCGCAGAAGAAUGCCCCCCCUCCUGCGCUUGCACCUCCGCCAGCCACAGUGCCCGUGGUGCCUGCCAAACUACCCCAGCUAGAGAGCCCCUAUUCCUGCCCCCACGACUCGCUGCCCUCUCCUUCGCCCUGCACAGCACAGCCCCGGGGGCCUGAGGGGGAGUACGCAGUGCCCUUUGAUGCCCUGGAGAAGAACUUCAGGGGCAUCCUGGCAGGCACUGCCCCACGUGGGGCCGACCCACUGUACGACAGCAUUGAGGAGCCCAUGGCUUUCCCACACGACCACAUAUAUGAUGAGCCCGAGGGCCUGGGUGCCCUGUCCCUGCACAACAGCCCACGGGAGCCCCGGGGGGAGGUGUGGGGCAGGCAGGCCCCGGCGGAUGGCAACCCCGGUGUCCUCCAGCAGGAGUCUUCUGUCUCUGGCUGGCCACAGGGAAUGGAGUAUGACAAUGUUGUACUUAAGAAAGGUCCAAAGUGACGGGGUGCCACGCUGAAGCGUACCCCAGGGAGUGGAGCAUCGAGCUGGGGAAGUGGAGGGAUGGCUGCCUCCUUUUCCAGCUUCUGCUGCUGAAUCCUCCUGGUCAGUGCACUGGAGGCCCCUCCCUGUGUCCCUUCUGGGGCUCCAAGGCCCACUGGUGAGUCACCAGCCCAGAACCGGAAGAACAGUCUCUAGAGACCCACCCUACUUCUCCUGUCUUUCCACUUCCUCCUCUCCCACCCCCAUCCUCCUCUCUACCCUGGUUCCCUGACUUGGCCAGGCCUCCUGCUUACUGAUGUUCCUUUUGCUGGGACAGCCUUGCUCUAGGCACCCACGAGGGUGGCCGCAGCUUUUUGUGACUUCAAGUUUCUCUGCAGCAUUAAAACA